GUGCAGGAUAAAGAUUCUCGCGUUGGUCCUCCCUAGUCUAGACAUCACAUCACUAGCAAAGUCUGCUAAUUUAGCUGUAUAUUUUUUAACAAAAUGUCAACCACGACUGGGGGCGGAGAGUUUGGCAACCCUCUGCGGAAAUUUAAGUUGGUCUUUUUGGGCGAACAGAGUGUUGGGAAGACCUCACUCAUCACUAGGUUUAUGUAUGACAGUUUCGACAACACUUACCAGGCAACAAUCGGUAUUGACUUUUUGUCAAAAACCAUGUACCUAGAAGAUCGUACGAUUCGGCUGCAGCUCUGGGACACAGCCGGACAAGAACGUUUCCGCAGCCUCAUCCCCAGUUACAUCCGCGACUCAGCUGCCGCUGUGGUGGUUUAUGACAUAGCCAAUCUUAAUUCUUUCCAGCAAACCUCGAAAUGGAUUGACGAUGUGAGGACAGAGAGGGGAAGUGAUGUAAUUAUUAUGCUUGUCGGGAACAAAACAGACUUGGCAGAUAAAAGGCAGGUUUCUGUUGAGGCGGCAGAGAGGAAAGCUCGUGAGCUCAAUGUGAUGUACAUAGAAACCAGUGCCAAGGCGGGUUAUAACGUCAAGCAGCUGUUCCGACGUGUUGCUGCUGCGUUACCUGGGAUGGACAGCACACCGGAGAAAAGCAAAGAGGACAUGAUCGACAUCAAAUUGGAGAAUAAGCCAGAGAUGACUGUUACCGAGAGCAGCUGUUCAUGCUAGUACACCUCGGCCCCACCCAGCCUGUUUCCUCCCCACCAACAGCUUGUCUCUCAGUGGCCACUCUCCACCCAUGGCAGCCUGCCACUGGGAUGGAGGACCUAUCUUUAUUGAGGUUCUUUGUUUUGUUUUCCUUCCCUUCUUAACUCAGUGACUUUUCAAAGUAACCGUGUGGAUGUGCAUUACUGUAUUGAAUCUGAUUAUCUUUGGGAAAAUAGUUGAGAAACAAACAUUUAAAAACAACAAAAUAAUUUAAACAUGUUCAGAUUUUCAUUCAGUUGCAUGACAUUAUAUAAGACUGCAGACUGACGAAGCGAACCACGUCGGGUUUAUGCACAGUGCAGGAUCUUAGUGCUGUUUCUCUUGUUGUAAAGGUAACAUGCUUUCGAAUAUUUAAAUGACUGCAAGGGUUAAUUCUUAAUUCAAUAAUGUUUUAUCUUGGACGCCUCAUUUGUCAUAUUUCCUAUUAUAUUUUAAGGAAGUAGAAACCCACCCUUAUAUCAUCUUAAAGCCAUGAUGAUAUAUUUAGCUAAAACGAGUCUUUUACAUUUAAGCAGAGGAACUGUUCUCUCCUUUAUAUUCAUCCUUAGAGUUAAGUUGCCAAAUUCAUCAGUUGUGACCAAAUUAGGAAAACAGCAGUGCUGGAAAAGGAUGAGUAAAAUGAAACAAGAGUUUAAUGAAAGGGAUUUUUUUUAGGUUACUAACCCUAAGCUCUGCAUUAAAACUAUCAGCUUUAAAUGUUAAAUUCGCUGCCCGCAUACUAACAUAUCUGAGGAAGAUGGUGGUCGUGAUGUGAGGCAGCCCUCCACGUCAUCGAUAGUUUGUGUUGUGCUGAUCACACUGUUGUAAGAACAUGCAGCAUGCUAACCAUGCAGGAUUUCUACGGAUAAGAACACAGAUGCCUUUGCUUGUUUGUUCACCAUGUUGUGCACUGAAUCAAGCCACAAUAUUGUAAAUUAUCAGAGGAGCCCGUUGACUGGUUCAUGGCUUCACUAGUUGUCUUUGUAGAGCUGUUAGUCAGGUAGAAGUCCUCAGAUAACGGCUAAAGCUUACUAACACCCUCACUGUAAAAAGAGAAAUGUGCAGAGAAGUUAGCUGCAGCAUCUUUAAUUGUGUUGCUAUUGCCUGCGUAGGACCGUUGUUUUUAUGCAUUUAUUUAUUUUGUAACUUGGACUUAACAGCUGACCUUCUUGAGCUUGACCAAAAGUACUGCCACGCAUGUUGGAAGUUUAUUUAUUGUGUGUGUUCGCUAGAGCUCUACGUAAAGGUGACUGUUUUUUGUUGUUUUUUUUUUAACCUGGCAGCGCUUUCCCUCCUGUGCACUCUGUAGCUAUACAGUCACAGGUGAAGUCAGCAACACACACAGUCUUAACACAAUAAAAUAAACUAGACGGAGCACAAAAAAAGAUAAAAGGUCAUUGGAUGUUGCUUGUUUAAGAAUGUGGGCGUUUUGAAAUGGUCUCUAAGGUUUGAGUGUUUAUUUACUUCACGAACAAACAGUUUAUCUUGACCCGCUCUUCUAUUACUUGUCACUGACUACAUACUUAGCUUUGUGCUAUUCUGAAAUGUGUAUGUUCGAUUUGAAAUCUGAUGUCUACUCGUGUUUAGCAACGGUUGUGUGAAUAAUGUACUAUUACUUAUCUUAUGUAUAAAAAGGAGAGUUAAUGAAACACAAGUGUAGGCAUAUCACGUGGAAUAAAAUAAAAAUAUUU